AGUCCUUCGUCUUCUCUUUAUUUUUAAAUGUUUGCAUGUCUUGGUGUUAAAUUUUGAUUUUAUGGCAACUUAGUUCGAGUGUCUGUGUACAGGAAACACCCGAUAAUCCUCGCUAAUUUAAAGGGGAAAAUGUCCUGCUGGUUGUCGAAGGAGACAUUGGUGCUGGCAGAAGAUUACUUGGAAUUCUGCGUUGGAGUGCAGCGGACACCGCCCGGCCCGGCCUCAGAAGCAAUGCGCUGCUUGGCCAAGGAGAUCGAGAAGCAGAAUCUCUCCAAAUUUCGCUCUCUCGUGCAAACUUUUCUGGACUCUUGUGGACCGGACCGCAGCACUAGUUUAAGAAAGGUGAUGGCGGAGAUGGUAGGGGAUGGGAAGUUAAACUGGGGGAGAGUGGUGUCGCUCUUUGCAUUCACCGGAGUGCUGGUGAGCGAGCUCCAUUCCCGAGGGGAAGGGAAGGACUGCUGCAGAAGACUGGCGGAGACGAUAGCCGACUACCUGGGAGUGGAGAAACAAGACUGGCUGUUGCAAAAUGAAGGAUGGGACGGAUUCUGCAAGUUUUUUCACAGUUCAAGAGGACAGAACCACGAGUCCGCCAUGAAGACGGCGCUGUUCGCCGCCGCCGGGGUGGGCAUUGCGGGUAUAACGUUCCUGUUCGUGCGCUGACGCCUUCUACGCUUUCACUUCCAUAAUUAAAACAGGACAACCUUGCAAAUUAUAGCUGCAAAAGAUAAUAAUGUGAUACAGAUCCGAAAGUGAGGUAUUCUGAUUGUACGAUUGGGCUGGUGGGACCUCUUACCGGGAACCCCUGCGGAUGUGCCCUUCUAUGCUGGUCACCUUUGAUUGGGAUGUUGACUGAAUGUGUUCCAGUUCGCGAAGCGCAUCACGUGGAACGUGUCCCUUAAUUGUUCAUUAUUAAAUCGUGAUACUGCUUAGGAAUGACUGAAAGAAUGGGCGAAAUGUUUCACUUUUCACUCACUGAAUAAUAAUUUGAAUUAAUCAACGCAUUUGUUGUUCUUGGUGAUCGGUUAAUUUGGUCGAAAAUUUCUGCUGUUAUUAGUUUGAGAAACCAGUUAAAAGUGACGUUUGAUUACCACGAGCACACUUAUAAUGUUGGCGUAAGGUAGGGUCGGUUUGCUGAGAUGUGAAUCAUUCAGUCAGCAUGUCAGUCAGAGCCCAGUGUCCCUUCCUCUGACACUCCAGCCCGUCUUAUGGCUCCCAGUAAGAGCCGCGUGACUGACUUUUCGCCCACACGUGACUAUGCAUUUAUGCUUGCCUUGGCACCGAGGUUUUAACAGAGAUUCAUUGUCAAACAUAUAUCAUGCACCGUGGAUGAAGCAUUGCUGUAUUAAAACAUUUGUAAUGUAUUAUCAAAACACUACUAAGCACGGUUGGUAUAUUCUCAGAUGAAGACCCACCAACUCACUGCGUAUGGAAUACCUGUCUUUCAAAUGGCUGUUGGUCAAACAUUGUUCAAGUAAUUUAUAAAUUUAAUAUAUUUAUAUUAAAAUAAAAAUGUACCUGAAGUUCCAA